AAUCCAACAGUAAGUUGGGCUGCGUUCGAGCGCGUGAACAGCUCAAUACUUUUUGCAAUUUUUUUUUAAAUUUCUGAACGGACUAUACAAUAUACUAUACACUAUAUAAAAGUAGUUACUAAAGUGUCUUUAACAUUAACAGUGUGAUCAAGUGUGAUGACUGAAAAACGUGGUAUAAAGCGUGAAGAUAAAAAUUACGGUAGUAUUGUGACUGAAAUAAAACUUGAGACGAAUUUCACUUCAUUGUCAGUUGUGAAGUGACAAACUGAAGAUGAGGCUUUACAUAGCAGCGAUAGCAGGGAACCUGGGUAUGAUAUCGGUUGGCCUAUUUUUUGGAUGGGCCUCUCCAUCCUUGCCACUAUUGGCCCAGGAUGAUUCCCCAGUAAAAUUGACUUCAAGUGAGGCUUCUUGGGUGGCUUCCUUAUUCAACAUUGGAGCCUCUGCAGGGUCAAUAAUUUCAUCAUUUAUGGUAAACAAAUACGGAAGAAAAAUCACAAUGCUCUUCUCUGCUCUGCCAUCGAUUAUUGGAUGGCUUUUGAUAGCAUUUGCUGUCACGCCCUGGCAACUUUACGUGUCGAGAAUUAUAUGUGGAAUCGCAGCUGGAACAUCAUAUGCAACAACGCCAGCUUACUUAGGUGAAAUAUCGCCGCCCGAUGUCCGGGGAAUUUUAGGGUCAAUGUUGACAGUGGCUGCCAAAAUUGGAAUGCUUUUAGAAUAUUCCGUUGGACCUUUUGUUUCUGUAAAAAAUUUGGCUUUCAUUUCAUUGUCAAUGCCAAUUCUUUUUGUGAUUAUUUUUGUCUGGCUGCCGGAAACUCCAUACCAAUUAAUGCGCCGAGGCGAACGAAAAGAAGCGGAGGAUUCUUUGUUAUCACUGAGGGGGAAAAAAGAUAUUGGGGAAGAGAUGAAAAUUAUUGAAGAAUCAGUCAAGGCAGACUUGGAAAAUGGUACGGGAUUGAAGGACAUUCUCUGCGUUUCUGGAAAUCGAAGAGCGCUUAUAACUUGUCUGGGACUAUUGUUAAUUCAACAAAUGUCAGGAAGUCAAGCCGUCGCAGCUUACGCCCAGAAAAUUUAUGAUGCAGCUGAUAGUGGAUUGGAGGGAAAAUACCUGACAAUGAUGCUAGGAAGUAUACAAAUAAUUACAACCAUUUUUUCUGGGGCAAUUACUGAUCGAGCAGGUCGAAGACCUUUGUUGAUGAUAUCUUCAGUUGGGUGUGCUUUUUCGACUGGGUUAGUUGCCCUUUAUUUUCAUUUAGAAUAUUUAGAACUAGAAACAAUCGAUGUUAGCGGACAUGGUUGGGUCGCAGCAUGUGGUAUGACAAUGUAUAUUAUUCUCUAUUCAGUUGGAUUGUCUGCGUUGCCAUUUGCAAUGAUUGGGGAGCUGUUUCCGACGAAUGUUAAAGCUCUCGCGAGCACACUCUGUAUUUUUUUUCUCAAUUUUCUUUCUUUCCUUGUCAUCAAAACUUAUCAGAUACUAAAUGACUAUGCUGGAACACACACCGCCUUCUGGUUGUACACUGGAUGCUCUCUCGUGGGAACUGUAUUCAUUUAUCUUUAUGUUUCCGAGACGAACGGAAAGACACUUCAGGAUAUACAAGAAGAGCUGCAUUCUACUAAAGAUAAUGUUAAUAAAACCAAAGCAUAAAGUAGAGCAUUCUGCAUAGUAGAAAUAUUAUUUUAAUGUUUAAAAAUGUACCUUCAAGCGGGGCAACUUGGGACAUGUCGGGUAAAUUGGGACACCCCUGAAUUCCCUAAAUUAUGAGGAUAAAUUGAAAGCCCGCAAAGCAGAACCGAAGGAGCGCUCGAGCAGUAGCCAAGAAUGGGGAUAAUGCGCACAAAACGCGACCAAAGAGAGUGCUUUUUAAAACUAUUCGUGCGAGCCCUGAAGAUAAAUUUGAAGGUAGUGUAAAUACUUUCAUAUUGUAGUGUAUUUUUGCCAGUGCUCGAGCAAAUAGUAUUGAAUCUAUCAUUCCAAUACCUUUUUCAAUAUUUUACUUAAUACUCACUUCCAAUGGGCAAUCCACGACUCGGACUUAUACCUGACUCAGCACGAGAUCGUAAAAUGCUAUGUAAUGUUACUGGCAAAGAAAUUGAACCAAUUUUUCAAAAAAAAUUACAUUAAACUUUGAAUAAUUGCACAAGCAGCGAAUUUCUUUAUGCCGGUUUUUUAUUACAAUCACAUUUUUCAUAAAAUGUCACUGAUAAACCAAUUGUAACAAAUUGCCGAAAAAAUCACCUCAAAUUUUUCAAAACUGCCCAAACUCUGCAUUUAUAUAUAACACUAGAAAUAUUCCAUUUAUUUUGUUAAUGCUUGCACAUCUGGUCCUAAAACAGGUGUGAGGACGAGUCGUGGACUGCCCAGUUUCAAUACCUCUCUUUAAUAAGAGAUCGUACCCAAAAACAGAGAAACGAUUAGAAAACUUAAUUUUGUCUGAAGUCUUAGUGAAUCCUCAAUCUUAAUUGGUUGUUAACAAUAACAGCUGAUUUUCCUAGAAUUUUAAAUUUAACGUUUUAUUUAUUUACUGAACAUCUCUUUCACGGAUAUUUCUUACAAUUAAAUUAGUUUAAAGUGGAAAUGAAUAGCAGAAUUUUAGACUAGAAAUCACUGGAAAUAUAAACGGGAAAUGAUCGGAAAUUUUGUUCAAUGAUCGGCCGAUUUACACUAAAACUGGUAAAUUAGUAUCUAUCUGAAAUUGCAAGUAGAUAUUUUUUUAAUCAAAGAGAGAAACAAAGAUUCAUGUUUUAGAAUAAAAAUAUAAAAACUGUAAUUAUGAUUUGGAACAGUAGAAUUUGAAGUGAUAUCUGCAAUUAUAAAUUCUGAGUUAUACUUGGAUUUAUUGGAAUUUAUUGACUGAUUAAGGAUAAUGAUGAAUUAUGCAUUUGUAAGAAUGAUUUAUGAAAUCGAGGAAAUUACGAGUAUUAUUAUGCUUUAUUAUAACGAAUUUGAAGGCAAACUGAAGGCAAACUUUUUAAAAAAAUAUUUCUGAUUAGGAUUGAUUAUUCAACAAUAGUUUAUUAAGUUAAAUACAAAUAAAAUGUGUAAUUUGAACCUGGGAGAGUGCAUUUUCGAGAAAAAUUAUAAUCUUGUGUUGGAACAGGAAAUUUUUCCCAAUCGAUAAUAUGUAAUUCUAAAUUGUAUCAGAGAAUUUGCGAAAAAUUUAUGAUUCAGAUCUAGAACAAGGAAUUUUGUAAAAGAAUUAUAAUUCUGACUUGAAAUAGUGCAUUGUAUAAAAGAAUGAUAGUUUUGAUUUGGAAAGAAAAAUUUUCAAAGAGAAUAAUGAUUUGGAUUUAGAUCAGGAAAUUUGUUAAAAGAAGUGUUAUUGUGACUUGAAAGAGAAUUUUCCAAAAGAAUUACAAUUUUUUCUUUACACGAAGAAUUUUUUAAAAUAUUUAAAAUUAUUAUUUGAAACAACCAAUUAAAAAAAAAUGUGGAGUUGGAACAGGACAUUUUCCGAAACAAUUAUAUGAAAUUCUGAAUUGGAUCAGAGAAUUUUCGUGAAAAAUUAUAAUUCAUACAUGGAACAAGGAAUUUUCUAAAAGAAUCAGAAUUCUGCAUUGAAAAAGGUAAUUCUCUAUUAAAAUUAUACUUUUGACUUGAAACAGGAUAUUUUCCAAAAGAACUAUAAUAUUGACUUGGAACAUGGAAUUUUCGAUAAGAAUUAUGAUUCUGAUUUAGAACAGGAAAUUUUCCAAUAGAAGUAUAAUUGUGACUUGAAAGAGAAAAUUAUCCAAAAGAAUUACAAUUUUUUCUUUACACUAGAAUUUUUCUGAAAUACUUACAAUUAUUAUUUAAAGCAAUUAAUUUAGCAUAAAAAUAAGUUUUAUAGUUGGAACAGAACAUUUUCGGAAGCAACUAUAUGGAAUUCUAAAGAGGAUCAGAAAAUUUCAGUAAUAAAUUAUAAUUCAGAUGUGAAACCAGUCAUUUCCUAAAAGAAUAAAUUUUUUACUUGAAAAAGGAAAUUUUCUGUAAAAAUUAUAAUUGUCACUUG